AUGAGGACAAGGUUCCUGCCGGUCAGGACAAGGUUUUUCGCGGUGACGACAAGGUUGCUGGAGGUGACGACAAGGUUCCUGGCGAUGAGGUCAAGCUUCCUGGCGGUGAGAACAAGAUCCCUGGCGGUGAGGACAGGGUUCCUGGCGGUGAGGACAAGGUUCCUGGCGGUGAGGGCAAGCUUCCUGGCGGUGAGGACAAGGUUUCUGGCGGUUAGGUCAAGGCUCCUGGCGGUGAGCACAAGGUUGCAGACGCUGAGUACAAGGUUUCUAGCGGUGAGGACAAGGUUCCUGACGGUGAGGACAAGGUUCCUAGCGAUGAGGUCAAGCUUCCUGGCGGUGAGAACAAGAUCCCUGGCGGUGAGGACAGGGUUCCUGGCGGUGAGGACAAGGUUCCUGGCGGUGAGGGCAAGCUUCCUGGCGGUGAGGACAAGGUUUCUGGCGGUUAGGUCAAGGUUCCUGGCGGUGAGCACAAGGUUGCAGACGCUGAGUACAAAAUUUCUAGCGGUGAGGACAAGGUUCCUAUCGGUGCGGACAAGGUUGCAGGCGGUGAGGAAAAGGUUCCUGGCGGUGAGGACAAGGUUUCUGACUGUGAGGACAAGGUUUCCGACGGUGAGGACAAGGUUUCUGGCUGUGAGGACAAUGUUCCUGGCGGUGAGGACAAUGUUUCUGGCGGUGAGGAAAAGGUUCCUGGCGGUAAGGACAAUGUUACUGGCGGUGAGGACAAUAUUCCUGGCGGUGAGGGCAAGGUUACUGGCGGUGAGGACAAUGUUCCUGGCGGUGAGGACAAGGUUACUGGCGGUGAGGACAAGGUUCCUGGCGGUGAGGACAAGAUUCCUGGCGGAGAGGACAAGGUUCCUGGCGGUGAGGAGAAUGUUCCUGGCGGUGAGGACAAGGUUCCUGGCGGUGAGGACAAGGUUCUUGGCAGUGAGGACAAGGUUUCUGACGGUGAGGACAGGGUUUCUGACGGUGAGGACAAGGUUUCUGGCUGUGAGAACAAGGUUCCUGGCGGUCAGAACAAGGUUACUGGCGGUGAGAACAAUGUUCCUGGCGCUGAGGACAAGGUUACUGGCGGUGAGGUCAAUGUUCCUGGCGGUGAGGUCAAGGUUCCUGGCGGUGAGCACAAGGUUGCAGACGCUGAGGACAAGGUUUCUAGCGGUGAGGACAAGGUUCCUGGCGGUGAGGACAAUGUUCCUAGCGAUGAGAACAAGGUUCCUGGCGGUGAGGACAAGGUUGCAGGCGGUGAGGAAAAGGUUCCUGGCGGUGAGGACAACGUUCUUGGCUAUGAGGUCAAGGCUGCUGACGGUGAGGACAAGUUUUCAGGCUGUGAGGACAAGGUUCAUGGCGGUGAGGACAAGGUUCCUGGCGGUGAGGACAAGGUUCCUGGCGGUGAGGACAAGGUUCCUGGUGGUGAGGAAAAGGUUCCUGGCGGUGAGGACAAGGUUCCUGGCUGUGACGACGAGGUUCCUGGCGGUGAGGAUAAGGUUCCUGGAGGUGAGGACAAAGUUCCUGGCGGUGAGGACAAGGUUCCUGGCGGUGAGGACAAGGUUCCUGGCGGUGAGGACAAUGUUCCUGGCGAUGAGGACAAUGUUUCUGGCGGUGAGGACAAUGUUCCUGGCGAUGAGGACAAUGUUUCUGGCGGUGAGGACAAUGUUCCUGGCGCUGAGGACAAGGUUCCUGGAGUUGAGGACAAGGUUCCUGGAGUUGAGGACAAGGUUCCUUGGGGUGAGGACAAGGUUCCUUGGGGUGAGAGCAAUGUUCUUGGCGGUGAGGACAAGGUUCCUGGCGGUGAGGACAAGGUUCAUGGUGGUGAGGCAAGGUUCCUGGCGGUGAGGACAAGGCUCCUGGCGCUGAGGACAAGGUUCCUGGCGGUGAGGACAAGUUUCCUGGCGGUGAGGACAAAGUUCCUGGCGGUGAGGACAAGGUUCCUGUCGGUGAGGACAAGGUUCCUGGCGGUGAGGACAAUGUUUCUGGCGCUGAGGACAAUGUUCCUGGCGGUGAGGACAAGGUUCCUGGCGGUGAGGACAAGGUUCCUGGCGGUGAGGACAAGGUUCAUGGCGCUGAGGGCAAGGUUCCUGGCGCUGGGGAGACGCACUCAAACUUGUAAGUUAUGAUGUAGUUUUUAACUGACCGGUAGAGAAAUGAGAGAACUUAAACUGUUGAUACUGUACCAUGCAUUAAACAUAGUCUUAAUAAACCUAUUAUUAUUAUUAUAUUAUUUUAUGAGAAUCUAUUUUUCUGUGAAAUUGCUUUUUUAAGACACGUGAAUCGUGAAACGGCUUAUUUUUUCGUUGUGAAACGUGAUCCAUACCCCCCCUUUCCCACCCUCUUCAGUGAAUUUCAUGAGCGCAUAUUCGCGUUUUCCACCUAAGCAAAAUUAGCAGUAUAAAGUUCAUCACAUAUCCAGCAGCAGCUUUUACUGGAGGCAAAAUAUCCGAGAAUGAAGCAAGUACACCGAAAAUCAUAUUUAUUUGUAAUUUCCCUUAUACAUGAAACCUCUGACAGGAAACAGAAAACUAAAUUAGAAACGCUGAACGAACAUAUUAUAGAUGUAUUGGGUUAAUUACUGUGGACAAUGGGACUGUUCGCGGGCGGCAGUGGCGUCGUAACGCUCAUUAAUUGGAAAAACUAAGGGCCCCCGACAUGCAGUUAGUGGCCCCCAUCAGCCACGGCCUAUCAACCAGAAAAUUAGAAAACGUAAAAAAUGCAGGUGAAGAAUCAAUGGGAAAAUGCAAAAUUAAUAAUGCUAAAUAAUAAAACCUCCAUCGACAACGGUAGCUGACUUUGUUAUUCCAUCUUAAAUAAAACAAAAGUUAUUCUUAUUAGCUGUUACAUGUGCUGGAGACUGUUUUUGCUAUAGACACGUAUUUUCCAGAACAUUCUACAAAUAUUCAAUAUUAAUAUGAUAUCUCAGUCAAACAAUGAGAACACUGACAACAGUGAACAGGGCCCCCACAACCAUAGAGAUUAUAAACUUUAUGCCAACAACCUCGUACCCAGGGAUCUCGUUGUGUAGUUAUUUUUUAAAGUAAGAAUUAUGGUGCGUUUAUAUGGACAAGCGGGUUGACCCGGUUGCCGAGAUCUCGCUUGAAAGAGGCGAGAUCUCGCUUACCGGGAUGGAAAUUUCUCCAUAUAAACACUCGGAAGCGGGCUAGCCCGGUUGCCGGGAUGAAAGUUGAAAGAUACCGCCGCAAGCUAUUUUUAACAGCUGUCAAAACAAUACAAUGUAACAAAAUUGUCCCGGCAAGUGGGAUGAAAUAAACACAAGAGAAAUUCAUCCCGCUUACCGGGCUGGCCAGCCCGGCUGCUGCCAUAUAAACAGGCCCUGCCCUGUUCCUCCGUUGCACCACUGGCGGCGGCCUGAAUUGCGGGAGAAACAACGAACAGCGAGAGUUUUAAGUAUAAAAAGUGGGACUUUGUUUCAUUUAUUAAACUUUACUAAAACAUAUUAAUACGAGAGUUUUAGUGUGCCGACGCAGGUUCGGGUCAAGUACUUGUCCAAGUACUUGUUUACAAACGCAGCGCGUGAUGAAGGGUUGCGGCGAAAACACGCUGCGUUUCACUAUAUUAACUAUGGUUUCACAAGAGGGCACUUUCUUAUGUCACGUAGCAAACUAGCAAGUAGCAAACGCUCAAAACCGAGCGAAAAAUUGAUGUUCAGUUGUAUAUACGUUUAUUGAUUAUUUAUUGCAUUAUUUAUAGUUUCAGAGGAGUGUUUUUACAACCGCUAUAAAUAUAUAACAAACAUGCCAUUGUCAGUUCUAUAUUGGUUUUUUGUAUGUAAGUUUUUUUGUGAUGUAACUUUUUGGUUAGUCUCCUUCGCAGACUUCUCAGCCGCUCUUCGUGUCGAGGUUUGGAGCGGUUGCGAGGGAGAGUCAGACUACUUUUUGGUGGGCCUUUAA